GGAGAUUCUAUCGCGGAAGGAAAGAGACCAGAAGAUGAAGGAAAAGGCUUUGGUCGUGCAUUCAGUCAUUGAUGCCAGGGCUCAGCUUAUGGAAGAAACAGGUGGUUUACUUAGCUCAGUAAUGCUUUCCUGUUCAUAAAUAUUGAUCAAAAACUCGUGCGGAUUUAGAAUGAUCACGUAGUGCUUUACUUCUGAUAAGCAUUGUCAGCAGAAGACGAUGUCAACGACUUUGAAUAACGCACAUAACGGUCCAAACAGUGAUGCCAACAAUAAUAGCUCAACAGGUGGAGCCAACUCAACGACAUCUACUAGCAGCCAAGCCAAAUCCUCCCGGUUGCUGCUCCAAAACUCUGAACAGGAAGUUCGUCAUUUUCCACGCUUCAUAUUCGAUCCGGAUAGUGGCCUUAUAUUCUACUGGACGGCAGUCGUUGCUCUAGCUACGCUCUACAAUGCAUGGACCACUGCUUUAAGAAUAGCUUUUCCUGAAAUUAGAGAAGAGAAUGGGCUUUUUUAUUUAACUUAUUUGGAUGUUGCUAGCGACAUCACUUAUCUGUUGGACAUUUUGAUGCAACUGCGAACUGCUUACUUACAAGAUGGCAUCCCGGUGUUUGAAACUUGGAAAAUUCGGCAGCAUUACAUGAGCCAAACUCAUUUCAUACAAGAUGUAAUAUCUGCGAUACCCAGUCAGACUUUGAUUGGUUUUUUACCGGAUGUCGUGGGAUACUGUAAAUAUUUCCUCUGCACGGCUGGAGCUGCGCGGCUUACUAGGUUGUUGAAAUUCCACAUUUUGUACAAAUUUUAUGACUUAGCAGAAAGCUUUACGAGCAAUCCUCAUCUAAUACGGGUAUUACGACUUUUCCUGAACUUAGCCGUCAUCAUACACUGGAUAGCUUGUCUUUACUAUCUGCUAUCAGAAUAUGAAGGACUUGGAAGCAAUGCUUGGGUUUAUACAAAUGCAACAGACCAGCAAAGAUUCUCUAGGAAAUACAUUGUUUGCCUAUACUGGUCUGCAAUGACAUUGACAACUAUUGGAAAUACAAAUUCUCCAGAAACUGACAUGGAGUACAUAUUUACUGGGUUGACAUUCAUGACGGGUGUAUUUGUGUUUGCUACUGUUAUGGGAAAUGUGGGUGAUGUUAUUUCUAGCAUGAACGCAAACAGACAAGAGUUUCAAGCUCGCAUGGAUCACAUCCAGAUGUAUUUGACGCACAAGAAAGUUCCAGCAUCCCUCCAACUGAAAAUUAAAAAGUGGGCGGAAUAUACUUGGUCCAGAACAAAAGCUACCGAUGAGUCCCGCCUCUUAAACAUGCUUCCAGAAAGACUCAGAGCGGAAGUUGCUGUACAUGUUCAUUUAGACAGCCUGAAAAAGGUAAAAAUUUUUGAACAAUGUGAAACGGGAUUUCUGUGUGAGCUGGUUCUCAAACUUCGAUCGCAAGUUUUUUCUCCGGGGGAUUAUGUUUGCAGAGCAGGAGAAACUGGUAGAGAAAUGUUCAUUAUUAAUCAUGGGAAAGUAGAGGUCUUAGUCCCUAGUCCAGCAACGAACAAAGACAUGGUGGUGGCUGUUCUGAGUGAAGGGAAUUAUUUCGGAGAGAUCAGUCUUCUGAGGCUUGACGGAGUGCAGAACAGGCGAACAGCUGAUGUGAGAUCUAUUGGAUAUUCUGAGCUUCUUUGUCUUUCUAGACGAGAUCUAAUGACAGCACUAGUUGAAUACCCAGAAGCAAAAUCAGUUUUAGAAGUACAAGCUAAGAAAAGGAUGAAAACAAACCUUCAAGCACAAAGAGCUUUCAGCGUGGACACGUUACUCCGAAGCUCUCAAGAUUCUUCGGUGGAUAGUGGAAUACAUGCCAAAGAUGAACUCAGAGGUCAUGAUGUUUCUGAAAUCAAAGCAAUGAUUGAAGAAUUGAAAAAUGCAAAUAAAGUACCGGGCCGAACAAUAUGGCAACUCAUUGCCAGGUGUGAAGUCUUACAAGCAAAGCUAUGCGAUAAAGAAAGAGAAGUAGAAGAUUCCAAAUACAGAAUUCGAGAGUUGGAGCAACUUUUAGGGACUUGCCAUUUGGCAAAACAUGAUAAGGAGCAAAGUGCUUCAUCUGAAUCAUCUGCAGACUCAUUAAUACAAGAUUCUCAACCGUGUAAACUGCUUAGACCGAGCAACAAGGUAACCAAGCAGUAUUCCCAAGACGAAGGCCGUGCAGGAGUACAGAGCACAACAAGAGUGAUACCUGAUGUCAAAAUUACGAAACCAGCCUCAGAGGCCUUUCCAUCAACUGAUGAUGGUGCAUACGUAGAGAGAAAGAGCGUUUUCGCUGAUGAUAACUUCAUCAAGACAUCUAAGAUCACUAAUGUUACGUUUGAUAAGACUGUCAACUUUAGACACCAAACAUCGAAUACUUCUUUCGAUUCAGACGACACCAAAAGCUUUGAAGAAACUUCGUCUAUGCCUGAUAGAUAUCGUUUCACAGACCUAGACCCUCAAACUAGUCCAAAAGCAUUGACGAAAGCAAACCCAACCAACAAAAAUGGUUUCAGAGUUUUUUCUCAAAAUGUGUUCAACAUGCCUACCGAUCUCGAUGGCUAUUUCUCAAAUGCUGUUAGCGUUGAUCAAGAGAUAUUUUUGAAUGGUUCAGAUGGAAUUUCGUUCACCAGCCACUUCAAGGAUCAUGUUUACUUUGCAGAUGCUUUGGAUUUAAAUGUCGAAACCAUUCCAGAAGAAAAUGAAGAAGAUGACCAAGACAUGUCUGACCUUAAUUCCAGUACGGAAUUUUCAAAAAGUGCAGACAUGCCAAGUGACGGUGAAGGUAACUUUGUUGAAAGUAAGGAUGGAAGUGCUGAAAAAAACAUUCUACAAAGUACUGACGUGCCUUUGUGUGAAGUACCAAACUAUGUUGCCACAGUUGGAAGUUUGCGGAAACGAUAUUCGUGUCCUGAAGCUGAACAAUCUGUUCCUCGAAGUGCUACGAGUCAAAGUCCAGCAGACAAAUCCGUUUCACAAUGUAGGAAGCAGAGACUUGAUGACUUUACUUUAGAUGCAUUAGAUUCAGACACUGGUAUUAAAUUUCUUCGUCUGAAUUCCCUCGCCAGUUGUUUUUCCGACGAUACGUGUUCCAGGCGUAAUAGUUGGAACUGGGAUUCUGAAUAUGACAGCGAAGAAGAUGAAACUUCAAGCUGAACACUUUUUUUUUUUUUGAUGUAUUUUCAGGGUGUGCUUCUUAAUUGUGAUUAUGGAGCAGUGUAUACGCACCAGUGCAGCUGUGAUUUUAAAUAAAAUUUUAAAUUUAAA